AUGGACAGCUCCAUCCAGCCGGGCCUCAGUCCCAGCAACAACAACUACCCCAACAACCCCUUCGACAACAACCGCCAGAGCAGCACCAGCAGCCACCACACCACCCUCAUCAUCCAAGGCCGCGACAUUGAACUCGCUCCAUCACCACCACCACCUCCUCCUCCUCCACCACCUGCUCCACCUGCUGAACCUCCCCUCCCCCCCUUACCAACAAAACGCGACUUCGAAGAAAACCUCGCCAACCCAACCCCCGAAGUAAUCCCCCACUCCACCCUCGAACCCGCCGUUCCCGUCCUCCGAAACCACUACCACCAACAAAACCAACAAUACCCCCAAAAUCAACACCCACAACUCCACCACGCAACAAGCUACUCCUCCACCCACAAAACAUGGGACGGCACCCACCACCACCAUCCGUCCACCCUCCCCCCGCCAUUUCCCGGCACCAUCCGGUCCGAUUCGGUUCGCAGCUACGGGCAUUCAGCAGUUGGGAUCCUGCCGAUGGGUGUCGCGGGGGCUGGGGAUGCGGGACGGUAUAGUUAUAGUAACUUUUCCAGUCCGUUUGUUGGGCAUGCCGGUGGUGGUGGUGGUCAUGGUGGAGGUGGUAUCGACGGAGGACUUGAUGGGAAGGGAGAAGGGGGUGGUCGGGGGAGGGGGGAUAGGAUAUGUGGGGUGAAGAGGCAGUUGUUUUGGAUUGGGUUGGCGAUUGCUGUGUUUGUGGUUGUUGUUGCGGUGGCUGUGGGGGUUGGGUUGGGAGUUGGGUUAGGGGGUGGUGGUGGUGGUGGGGAGAGUGAGAGCAGCACGCCCACCCCCUCAGCAUCAUCAACCCGCACCCUCCCCGAACCCACCGCCACCGCCGGGCCCACCCAAACCCACAUCUCCUGCCCCCUCAACAACCUCACCCUCUACACCCCGCCCUCCAACCCCGACAAGUCCUAUAUCAUUCUCUGCGGCCGAGAUUACAACUCCCAACUAAGCACCACCCUCGACCUCUACAACACCCCGACCGACUCCCUCUCCGCCUGUGUGGCGCUGUGUGCGGGACAGGACGGGUGUGUGGGAGCGGGCUGGGGGGCCGGGGAUACGGCGGGGGGCCAGCCGGUGUGUUGGUUGAAGAGCUCGUUGGGGGUGUAUAAUGAUGCGCCGACGUGGAGUUUUGUGGUGGAGGAUACGGAGGAUGUGAGGAGGUCGUUGAGGCUUUUUUAA